UGGUCAAAAACUCCACAAAACCUUUGAAACAUAUCUUAUCUCCAAACAAACAGAGCACUGUACGGCUAGCGGUUUGGGCUCUUAAUAGUUAAUUACUUCAAAAAUCUGCACCCAAUUAUCUCAAUGGCUCGCGUCGCCUCAAGCUCCGUCGGCCUCCAUAGAUUCCGACCCACCUUUCGAACACCUCAAUCUUCCCGGCUCAUGAAGACCACCCGUAUUCACUACCCCAACAAGACCCAUAAACUUCGAGGCAUAGCUUGCUGCCAAACAAAGCCUGACCCAGUCGAGACCUCCUCGUCGGAAAAGUCGGUUGAUGGCAAUACCGAUGCCCAAGCAACAAGUUCCUCCGUGGAGAAUGGUCCUCCGGAAUUCCCAAACAAGGGCAUCAACAAGCAGAUAGCAGUGGUCUCUACUCUCGCUGCGCUGGGGCUUUUCUUGUCGGCCCGACUAGAUUUCGGUGUUUCUUUGAAGGACCUAUCUGCCGCCGCAUUGCCUUACGAAGAGGCUCUUUCAAAUGGGAAGCCCACUGUUGUGGAAUUUUACGCAGAUUGGUGCGAAGUAUGCCGGGAAUUAGCUCCAGAUGUCUACAAAGUUGAGCAACAAUUCAAGGACCGUGUGAAUUUUGUUAUGCUGAAUGUUGACAACACGAAAUGGGAACAGGAGCUUGACGAGUUUGGCGUUGAGGGUAUUCCUCACUUUGCAUUCCUAGAUAGGAAUGGGAAUGAGGAGGGUAAUGUAGUUGGCAGGCUUCCAGGUCGGUACCUGCUUGAGAAUGUGGAUGCCUUAGCACGUGGGGAAGAAUCCAUUCCCCAUGCCCGUGUUGUGGGACAGUAUUCGAGUGCUGAAUCAAGGAAGGCACACCAAGUUGUCGAUCCUCGAAGUCAUGGGUAGACUCAGAUGCUACCUUCCCCUGCGGGAUGCAAACUGUCAAUUCAUCACUGGUAAUGCAUGUAGGAGGUAGUCUCCCAUUUACUCAUUCUAUACACUUUCUAUACUUAUUGUGAACAAGUUUGUAAUGUUAUGGAAAAUAAUCUUUUAUGCA